AUGGCUGUCGGAAAGUCAGUAUCAUCUCCUCCAGGCUCUGCGAUCAAAUCGAACAAGCGCCUUUCGAAAGGCAAGAAAGGCCUCAAGAAGAGAACUCAAGAUCCAUUCACCCGGAAAGACUGGUUUUCGGUUAAAGCACCUUCGACCUUCAAUGUCCGAGACGUCGGCAAAACCCUAGUCAACCGCACAACUGGUCUAAAAAACGCCAAUGACGCCCUCAAAGGCCGAAUCUUCGAAGUGUCCCUUGCCGACCUCCAAACCGAUGAAGACCACGCUUUCCGCAAGAUCAAGCUCCGAGUCGACGAAGUUCAGGGCAAGAACUGUCUCACAAACUUCCACGGUCUCGACUUCACCUCCGAUAAGCUCCGAUCUCUCGUACGAAAAUGGCAGACCUUAAUUGAAGCCAAUGUCACAGUCAAGACCACAGAUGACUACCUCCUCCGACUAUUUGCCAUUGCCUUCACGAAGAGACGGGCGAACCAAAUCAAGAAGACCACAUACGCACGCUCAUCACAGAUCCGAUCGAUCAGGAAGAAGAUGACAGAGAUCAUCCAGAGGGAGGCUACAAGCUGUACAUUGGCGCAGUUGACUGGCAAACUGAUUCCAGAGGUGAUGGGACGAGAGAUCGAGAAGGCCACCCAGGGCAUCUAUCCAUUGCAAAACUGCUACAUUCGAAAGGUCAAGCUGUUGAAGGCACCGAAGUUCGAUCUGGGUGCGCUGUUGAAUUUGCAUGGGGAGUCGGGGACGGAUGAUCAAGGGCAGAAGGUGGAGAGGGAAUUCAAGGAGCAGGUUUUGGAGAGCGUGUAG